CCCCUUCUCUCUCUCUCUCUCUCUCUCUCACUCACUCACUCUCUGAACUCCCGCCGUCGGCCCCUCCGCUUCCGUUUUCGGCCGUCGUCGCAGCCUCGAGAUCUGCCGCCGGUCGCAGCGCCGCAUCUAGAUCUGCCUCCGCCUCCGCCCCACCGCCUUCGCCUCCGUUUUCGGUGGUCGUCGCCGCCUCGAGAUCUUCUGCCGGUCGUCAUCGCCGCCUCCAGAUCGGCCUCCGGUCGUCGUCCGCCCCUCCGCCUCCGCCUCCAUCUUCGGUCGUCGUCGCCGCCUCCAGAUCAGCCUCCGGUCGUCGCCUAGGAGUUUUUUGCACCGAAUCUGAAUACUGUUCACACAGACUGGAGGACUAAGUAUCAAGUUAAGAGGGGGGUAAUUUGUUUCUCAUCAGCCAAAUAAACAAAAGGCUCAAGAGAGUAGAGAAAAUGGCCGCCCCACAAAAUGAGGAUGAUGGACAAGCUGCAACCCCAAAAUCUUCUUUAGCUGUUGGUUGGAUAGAGGAACGAUAUCAAAAAAUCAAAGCGAAUGCAGAGACAUAUCCCUAUGUAUGGGGUUCCUACAUCGUUGUGUACGGUGGAUUUGGCCUCUGGUUUGCCUAUCGAUGGAGGAAGCUCCGGAAAACUGAGGACAGAGUCCGUGUUCUUCAGGAGAGGCUCCGCAAACUUGUUGAAGCUGAGUCGUCGUCAACAACAACCUCCUCCUCCUCCGCCGUAGCGCCUCCUCCUGGUCCUCCAUCUACUGAUAAACUUCCCAAAUAAAGCGCGCGCGCAUUUUGUGUUUUGCUACUUCUUACAAAGUGGCAAGACAGCAGUUUUGGUUGGUUGAAGUGGAGCACUCAUAUUUCUUUCAAUUUUGAGAAGGCUGUAGGGAAAAUUAUGUUCUGAUAUAAGAUUGGGGAUUGGGGAUUGCAAUAGGACAUUAAGCUAAAAAUUGAAUUUUUUAGGUACACUAUUGAAACAACACCUCACAAUACCCAAUCCCAAGCAGGAAAUGACAAAAGUUUUUGGGUUUGGAAGCAA